CUUGAUAGGCGCGAACGCGUACGCAUGCUCAGUGGGCCGCCCCAACUCCUCGUUGGGCGGAGCUAUCCUGUGAGGCGGACGUUAAGUUUGACCCCUUCUACGCCUUCACCAGCACCACUGCCGCCCCUGAACCAGAGGGAAGCCGACUCAUGUGAGCAUUUUACUACAGGAGCUGUACAUAUACAGAAGACAAUGUCUGGAAGCUUCUACUUUGUAAUUGUUGGCCACCAUGACAAUCCAGUUUUUGAAAUGGAAUUUUUGCCAGCUGGGAAAGCAGAACCCAAAGAUGAACAUCGCCACCUGAACCAGUUCAUAGCUCACGCCGCUCUGGACCUGGUUGACGAAAACAUGUGGCUCUCCAACAACAUGUACUUGAAAACUGUGGACAAAUUCAAUGAGUGGUUUGUGUCAGCUUUUGUCACUGCUGGGCACAUGAGAUUCAUCAUGCUUCAUGACAUGAGGCAAGAAGACGGAAUCAAGAACUUCUUCACUGAUGUCUAUGACUUAUACAUCAAGUUUGCCAUGAAUCCCUUUUAUGAGCCCAAUUCUCCUAUUCGAUCGAGUGCAUUCGAGAGAAAGGUUCAAUUUCUUGGAAAGAAACAUCUUGUAAACUAAAACCUGAGAAUCACAGUGGGGUAUGCACUGUGAUUAACUUGAUAAAACAGCCUGUCAAUGGAUCUCUGUGAGUUCAAGGCCAGCCUGGUCUACUGAGCGAGUUCCAGGACAGCCUCCAAAGCUACAGAGAAAUCUGUCUCAAAAACAAACAAACAAACAAACAAAAAAUUGGCAAACUUCACGUGUCACAGUUUAGCUGGAUUAUGAUGAAAUUAGUAUUUGUUUGUAAACAUUUAUCAGUAGUUUAAAAUGUUUUAUUUCAAAAAUUAAGAAUAAGCCUACAUCUUUGCUGAUUGAGAUAAUUAAAAAGAAAAACUUAGAUUUA